AUGGGGGGCAGUGACCAGCAUUGGGCUGCGUUCGCAGGGAGCUGCAAGCUCAGGAACGGACCACCAGCCCCCGGGGGGACACGCGGGCUCUGCACGGGCCCGGGCCCCGUCCCAGGUGGCACCCGGCAGUCCCCCAUCAACAUCCGGAGGGAGGACAGCGUGUUCGAUCCCCGCCUGCAGCCGCUCGCCAUCGCCUACCGGGCAGCAUCCUGCCGCUACGCAUGGAACACCGGCUACUUCUUCCAGGUGGAAUUUGAGGACACUGCUGGCUCAGGCAUCAGCGGCGGGCCCCUGGCAAACCACUACCGGCUGAAGCAGUUCCAUUUCCACUGGGGAGCGGCAGACGAGCGUGGCUCCGAGCACGUGGUGGCUGGCCGCGCGUACCCGGCAGAGCUGCACCUGGUCCACUGGAACCCAGCGAGAUACCGGAGCUACGAGGCAGCCGUGCGGGGCGAGCAGGGACUGGCAGUGCUUGCAGUGUUCCUUCAGCUGGGGGCCCGUCACCAGGCCCUGCAGGAGCUGGUGGACAUCCUGCCAGCCAUCAAGCAUAAGGGUAUGCGGGCAGCCAUGGGUCCCUUCGACCCCUCCUGUUUGCUGCCCACCUGUCAGGAUUACUGGACCUACGCGGGCUCCCUCACCACCCCGCCACUGACCGAGUCAGUCACCUGGCUCAUUUACAAGGAACCCAUCGAGGUGGCCCAGGAGCAGCUGUCGGCCUUCCGCAGGCUGCUGUUCUCAGCUCCCGGGGAAGAGGAGCGUCUGAUGGCCGACAACCAUCGCCCGCUGCAGCCGCUGAUGGGCCGGCAGGUCCGCGCAUCCUUCCUGGCUGUGGGAGAGGGCCGCUCGCGGUCACUCUAUCCAGAGGGGUAG